AUGGAGUACACAGGAAGCAAAUAUAUUGGGGAAUACGUAGACGGGAGGAUGGAGGGCGAUGCUGAAUAUAUCCUCCCUACUGAAACAAGAUACGUUGGGGAAAUGAAGGACGGCAUGUUUCAUGGCCAAGGAACUCUGUACUUCCCCAGUGGGAGCCAAUACGAUGCCACUUGGGAAAAGGGAUUGGCCGUUAAGGGCGUAUACACCUUCUCAGACGGGCUGCAGUAUGAUGGAAAGAACUGGCAUUAUUGUGACAGCUACGAUCGGAGGUUUUACACCGAGAUGUGCCACGGCUUGAAGCCUACAGGUAUCUCUCAACUCACCAAUAUGGACCCGCCUAGAAAAAUCCCUUUUGGCUAUUAUGACUGUGGAGAUGGCUUCUACAACCCGAACACGAGGGUCGUCAAGGACUAUAGGAAUCGCUUUCUGCGAAAUGCAGACGAUGACGAGCAUGAGUGGAUCCUCCGGACGUGUCGGAAGGGCUGGGACGAAUUCGUGGGCCACAGGCCCAAGCUGUGA